AUGACAGUCUUCCCAACAUGCGUCAGUUCGUGCGCGGGACAGGUGUUUCCGGCUCAGUACGCAUACUGCGGAUCGUGUCAGCAGUACAUCGUGUGUUCCAUUGGUCAGACCACUCACGUGAUGUUGUGUCCCGGAUCGCUGUACUAUGACGCCGUCUUAGGAGUGUGCACUUUCGCCAACUCAAACAUCUGUAACCAGUCAAGCAUCUCUAACCAGCCAAACAUCUGUAACAAGUCAAACAUCUCCAACAAGCGCCACAUCAGCAACAAGUCAAACAUCUCCAACCAGUCAAACAUCUAUAACAAGUCAAACAUCUGUAACAAGUCAAACAUCGCCAACAAGCGCCACUUCUGCCAUAAGUCAAACAUCUCCAACCAGUCAAACAUCUAUAACAAGUCAAACAUCAGUAACAAGUCAAACAUCAGCAAAACCUGUAACUGUGUGCAUUACCAGCUGCUUCGGGUUAGCAGACGGCGACUACCAGUCGUGCAAUGGAUGCGAUGUGUACGCGUCAUGUGUUUCCGGAUCUAUAAUCGACAAUCGACCUUGCGUUCAAGCUGCUUCGGGUUAGCAGACGGCGACUACCAGUCGUGCAAUGGAUGCGAUGUGUACGCGUCAUGUGUUUCCGGAUCUAUAAUCGACAAUCGACCUUGCGUUCAAGGGCAGAGCUGGGAUGACGUCACAAAACAGUGCAGCAGUACAUCGAACACUUGCUUUACGUCAGCCACGUCCGCCACAUCUCCAACAUCAGCGACCAGUGCAACGUCACUUACAUCAGCCACCUGCUUCGGGUUAGCAGACGGCGACUACCAGUCGUGCAAUGGAUGCGAUGUGUACGCGUCAUGUGUUUCCGGAUCUAUAAUCGACAAUCGACCUUGCGUUCAAGGGCAGAGCUGGGAUGACGUCACAAAACAGUGCAGCAGUACAUCGAACACUUGCUUUACGUCGGCCACGUCCGCCACAUCUCCAACAUCAGCGACCAGUGCAACGUCACUUACAUCAGCAACCUGCUUCGGGUUAGCAGACGGCGACUACCAGUCGUGCAAUGGAUGCGAUGUGUACGCGUCAUGUGUUUCCGGAUCUAUAAUCGACAAUCGACCUUGCGUUCAAGGUCAGAGCUGGGAUGACGUCACAAAACAGUGCAGCACUACAUCGAACACUUGCUUUACGUCGGCCACGUCCGCCACAUCUCCAACAUCAGCGACCAGUGCAACGUCACUUACAUCAGCAACGUCUGUUACAUCGCCUACCUCACACGGCGACUACCAGUCGUGCAAUGGAUGCGAUGUGUACGCGUCAUGUGUUUCCGGAUCUAUAAUCGACAAUCGACCUUGCGUUCAAGGUCAGAGCUGGGAUGACGUCACAAAACAGUGCAGCAGUACAUCGAACACUUGCUUUACGUCGGCCACGUCCGCCACAUCUCCAACAUCAGCGACCAGUGCAACGUCACUUACAUCAGCAACGUCUGUUACAUCGCCUACCUCACGUACUAGCGCAACGUCACCAGCAAGUCAAACAUCUGUAACUAGUCCAACAUCCCAAACUAGUGCCACGUCGCCAACAAGUCAAACAUCUGUAACUAGUCCAACAUCCCAAACUAGUGCUACGUCGCCAAGAAGUCAAACAUCUGUAACUAGUCCAACAUCCCAAACUAGUGCCACGUCACGAACAAGUCAAACAUCUGUAACUAGUCCAACGUCCCAAACUAGUGCUACGUCGCCAAGAAGUCAAACAUCUGUAACUAGUCCAACAUCCCAAACUAGUGCCACGUCACGAACAAGUCAAACAUCUGUAACUAGUCCAACAUCCCAAACUAGUGCUACGUCGCCAAGAAGUCAAACAUCUGUAACUAGUCCAACAUCCCAAACUAGUGCCACGUCACGAACAAGUCAAACAUCUGUAACUAGUCCAACAUCCCAAACUAGUGCUACGUCGCCAAGAAGUCAAACAUCUGUAACUAGUCCAACAUCCCAAACUAGUGCCACGUCACGAACAAGUCAAACAUCUGUAACUAGUCCAACAUCCCAAACUAGUGCCACGUCGCCAACGAGUCAAACAUCACGAACAAGUCAAACAUCUGUAACUAGUCCAACAUCCCAAACUAGUGCCACGUCACCAACGAGUCAAACAUCUGUAACUAGUGGAACGUCCCAAACUAGUGCCACGUCACAAACAUCUGUAACUAGUCCAACAUCCCAAACUAGUGCCACGUCAGGAUCAAGUCAAACAUCUGUAACUAGUCCAACAUCCCAAACUAGUGCCACGUCACCAACAAGUCAAACAUCUGUAACUAGUCCAACAUCCCAAACUAGUGCGACGUCACAAACAAGUCGAACAUCUGUAACAAGUCAAACAUCAGUAACAAGUCAAACAUCAGCAAGACCUGUAACUGUGUGCAUUACCAGCUGCUUCGGGUUAGCAGAUGGCGACUACCAGUCGUGCAAUGGAUGCGAUGUGUACGCGUCAUGUGUUUCCGGAUCUAUAAUCGACAAUCGACCUUGCGUUCAAGGUCAGAGCUGGGAUGACGUCACAAAACAGUGCAGCAGUACAUCGAACACUUGCUUUACGUCGGCCACGUCCGCCACAUCUCCAACAUCAGCGACCAGUGCGACGUCACUUACAUCAGCAACGUCUGUUACAUCGCCUACCUCACACGGCGACUACCAGUCGUGCAAUGGAUGCGAUGUGUACGCGUCAUGUGUUUCCGGAUCUAUAAUCGACAAUCGACCUUGCGUUCAAGGUCAGAGCUGGGAUGACGUCACAAAACAGUGCAGCAGUACAUCGAACACUUGCUUUACGUCGGCCACGUCCGCCACAUCUCCAACAUCAGCGACCAGUGCAACGUCACUUACAUCACGUACUAGCGCAACGUCACCAGCAAGUCAAACAUCUGUAACUAGUCCAACGUCCCAAACUAGUGCCACGUCGCCAACAAGUCAAACAUCACUAACUAGUCCAACAUCCCAAACUAGUGCCACGUCACCAACAAGUCAAACAUCUGUAAAUAGUCCAACAUCCCAAACUAGUGCCACAUCACCAACAAGUCAAACAUCUGCAACAAGUCAGACGUCUAGAACUAGCGCAACUUCAGCAACAAGUCAAACAUCAGUGACAAGUCAAACAUCACCAACAAGUCAAACAUCACCAACAAGUCAAACAUCUAUAACCAGUCGAAGUUCAGCUACUUCUGCCACAACCACUUCGCUUGGUGUUACAUGCAUUACGGACUGUUUUGGGUUAGCAGACGGCAACUAUCAGUCGUGCAAUGGGUGCGAUGUGUAUGCCUCCUGUGUAGCACAGUCGAUUAUUAACGACCGGCCGUGUUCAUCCGGGCAGUUCUGGGACGACGCUUCCAAACAGUGCAACAGUAGAUCAAGCACGUGCACCUCGUCGGCCACGUCACAAACAUCUGUGACAUCCGCUAAUAGUGCAACUUCAGCAACAAGUCAAACAUCUGUGACAAGUCAAACCUCUGUAACAAGUCAAACAUCUGGAACUAGCGCAACGUCACCAGCAAGUCAAACAUCUAGGACCAGCGCAACGUCACCAACAAGUCAAACAUCUGGGACUAGCGCAACGUCACCAAUAAGUCAAACAUCUAGGACCAGCGCAACGACACCAACAAGUCAAACAUCUGGGACUAGCGCAACGUCACCAAUAAGUCAAACAUCAGGGACUAGUGCAACGUCAGCAACAAGUCAAACAUCUGGGACUAGUGCUACGUCAGCAACAAGUAGAACAAGUCCAACUUCAAUGACCAGUCCAACAUCUGUUACAAGUGCAACUUCAGCCACUAGCGCAACAUCUAGAACAAGUCAAACAUCUCUAACUAGUCAAACAUCUCUAACUAGUCGAACAUCUGGAACCAGCGCAACAUCAAUCACUAGUGCAACGUCUGCGACUAGUCUAACAAGUGCGACGUCGGCCACGUCAGCCGCAUCAGCAACAUCAGUAACAAGCGUCACGUCUCCCACCUCUCCUCGGGCGACGACAGGGUCAGCGUGCAUCACGUCCUGCACGGGCAGACCGAACGGAAACUACCAGUCGUGUCUCGGGUGCCGCGUCUUCGUCACCUGCACAGACAGCGCUACACUGGACGGCAGGUUGUGUCCCGGGAUCAACGUGUGGGACGACUUCCUGAAGAUGUGCACGUUCCUGUCGUCAACCUGCGUGGAGAUUCCAACCACCGCGGCGUCGACCACCACUUCACAGACAUCGCCGACGUCGCCAACAAGCGCUGCGGUUGCAGUCACACCAUCUGCAACGGUGACGACGGGAGCCGCCUGUAUCAGGAGUUGUAUAGGUGUGGCGGACGGUGAUUACCAGUCGUGUUACGGAUGUGACGUGUUCGCCACCUGCUUCGGACAGACGAUCACUGAUCGUCGACCCUGCCCUGCUCUGAACAUGUGGGACGAUUUCCUCAAGAUGUGCACAUUUUUCUCGUCCACCUGCACUCAACCAGCUUUAACGGCUCUCGGAGCAGCAGCAGACAUAGAUAUGGAGAUGAUGAUGGAGACGGACAGUCCACGUAGUGUUACAAAGGCUCCAACAACCAACUCUGAUGACACAAAUGAAGGUGUGAAAGUAACGACUUCAACACCUUUAUCCAAGCCAUCUUCAAACUGUAUAAACACGUGCGAAGGUAGACCUGACGGAAAGUACCAGUCCUGUAAGAGUUGUAAAGUCUUUGCCAUGUGCGCCAACUCGGUUUUGAUUGACAACAUCCCGUGUCUUAGCACCUUCGUCUGGGAUGACGUGUUGAAAAUGUGCACGUUCAUCUCCUCCACUUGUACAGACGCGGCAUUGUCUCCAGUCAGCGAUCUGGUGCUCAACAACGAAGGAAGCGAUUUACCAACACUAACUAACACCAUCAAGCCAAGACUAGAAGGACGCACAGACGUUCAGUUGCUUGGAACAACCACUGUUAUGGAACCCAAACAAGAAGGACGCACGGACAUCCAUUUGCUUGGAACAACCACUUUCAUCAAACUAACACAAGACGGAAAGUCAGACGCCCAGUUGCCUAGCAAUAGCAACUGGAUCUGCGUCAGUAGCUGCGAGGGAAAGACUGACGGGGAUUACCAGUCGUGCAGCAGUUGUUCAGUCCACGUCGUCUGUAGCGGUGGUGUAAGAAUGGAGGACGAACCAUGCGCCGGAAAUGACAUCUGGGACGAUUUCUUCAAGAUGUGUACUUUCUUUUCAUCCACGUGUCCCUAA